AUGGACGGUUUCAAGAAACUGCUACACAACCUCACUGGGACGAAGAAUGACGAUUCAGUCCCAUCUCGAGCCCAAGCCCAAACCCCAGCGCAUCGCUGGUCAGGCAUCGACAACACCCAGCCCGCAGGCACAAACCCCAUCACCCGCUUCUCCGUCGAAUACCUCGGCGAGCAGCGCUCGCUCAACAGCGCCCACCGGCGGGACCUCGGCUUCGCGGGCCACAUCGGCGGCAAAUGGUACGGCGUCUACGGCGACACGCUCUGGAGCAGCCCCGGCGUGACGGACCCAAACGCGGACCCGGAUCCGGACGGGUUCCACGGCAUGGUGCGCAACUCGGUGGCGGCGCUGACGGAGGAUCCGCUGGUGGUGAGGGACUGCCAUUUGAACGGGGACGAGCCGGUGGCGCAUCCGGCGCAGUUUACGCCGUUUGAGGAGCGCUGGGGAGAGAAGCUGCAGACGGGGUUUGGGGGAACGAGUUUGGUUGAGGUUGAUGGGGAGACGGGGGUUGGAGCGGUGUAUUACUUGAUUAAUGACAAUGAAAACUACCGCCACGCAGGCAUCGCCCGCGUCGAAAUCAUCAACGACGCGCCCACCGUCACGCAACGCCUCGGCGAGCACGGCUGGUGGUGGGAUUGCUCAUCGAUGGCCAAGUACGGCGAUAUUGCCGCCUACCGGGACGUCAAGAGCGAGUACAUCUACGUCUGGGGCCACCCGCCCAAGACGGUGACGGAGUGGCCGGCGACGGAGUACGUGUACCAGGCGCGGGUGAAGGCGAAGGAGGCGUUUGAGCUGGACAAGUACGAGUACUGGUGGGGGAGGAAGAAGGGAUGGCGGAGGGAGGUCCUGCGGGGAGCGGAGCAUGAUGCUGAGAGUGCGGUGAUGUGGGGGGUUGGCCAGGGGCAGGUUGUGUUUAGUGAGUGGUUCAAGUGCUACAUCUACGUUCAUCUGAGUGAGUCCCUCCCCCUUGCUUUCUUUGUUCGUAUAUGA